AUGGAGCGAGGCCGGGCACCGCCACCGCCGCCUUGGAGGGGACCCUGGAUCCUGGUGCUGCUGCCGGCGCUGGCGGGGGGGCAGCCGCUGGCGGCCAGCGAGGCGGCCUACGAGGAAUGGCGGGCGACGGGCGUGCGAGGCCGGGCGGUGGAGCUGAGCUGUGGGCCACCGGCCGCAGCCCCACCGGCCGUGGUCUUCUGGAGCUUCACGCCACAGGGAGAGGGGCUCCCACGGGCUGUGGCCGUGGGCUCGGGCAGGGAGGUGGCCAUGGCCCCUGGCACGGGGAUGCUGGGCCGGGUGACGCUGCGCAACGGGACGCUGGAGCUGCGGGAGCUGCGGGUGGCCGCCCAGGGCCGCUUCCUCUGCCAGGGGCUCUUUCCAGAGCGGGGCCGGCUCCGUGUGGGCUAUGCCGCCGUUCUCCUGCGUGUCCUGGUGCCUGUCUCCAAGCCCUUCGUGCGGCCGACGGCGGCGGCGGCAGCGGAGGGGGCAGCGGUGGCCCUGACGUGCACCGUGCGGGAGGGGACAGAGCCGCUGAGCUUCUCCUGGCAGCACCAGGAGCCCCGGGGCGGUCCCUCAGUGACCCCUGCGGGGCUGGGGGGCUCCAGGGCAGAGCUGCAGCUGACACCUGCCAACCGCAGCCACACGGGCUGGUACCUCUGCACCGUGCACAACGAGGUCAACAACCGCACCAGCGACCCCGUCUACCUGGACAUCGUCUAUGGCCCUGACGAGCCGGCCAUCCGUGUGGAGCCCUUCUCCCCCGAGCAGGGGGGCUUCUCUGCGGGCGAGCGGGAGGACGUGGUGCUGAGCUGCCUGGCUCCCUCCAACCCCCCCAGCCGCUAUGUCUGGCUGCACAAUGGCUCCCAGGUGCACGUUGGCCAGACCUACGUCAUCACUGCCAUCGCCCGUGCCCAGGCGGGCACAUACACCUGCCUGGCCGAGAACAGCCACCUGCAGACGCGCACCCAGGCCACCAUCGUCCUCACUGUCUACUAUCCACCAGCAGGGAGCCCCAGCUGCUCUGCCCUGGCUUCCGAUGAUCAGCGGGACGUGGCCCUGCGGUGCCGCUGGCUGGGGGGCUUCCCCUUGGUCCGGCUGCGCUGGGUGGGCCCCCAGGAAGAGGAGGAGGAGGAGGAGGAAGAGGGGUUGAUGGGGACCAGUUUUUCCAUGGCCACCAGGAUCCAGUCAGGGGCAGCCACCAGGAACGGCAGCUCCUUCUCCUGCCUGGCCUCCCACCCCGCGCUGCCACUGGGGGCUGCAUGUGGGACCACCCUGUGGGUCCCGUCCGGCAGCCCCAGCUGCGCGGCGGCGGCCACCAAGGGUGACGAGUACGUGAUGCUGCGGUGCCGCUGGGAGGGGGGCACGCCGCCCGUCACCCUGCGCUGGCGGGACAGCGCGGGCCGCGCCUUGGGCGACCCCGCGGCCUCCAGCGCCGUGCUGGUGCUGAGCACCGACGGCAGCCUGGCGGGCCGGGAGUUCGUCUGCGUGGCCGAGCACCCGCUGCGGGCCGCUGCCGCCGAGUGCCGCCUGCGGCUGGGUAAGCCGGACCCGUCCCCGGCGUCCCCACCGUGCCACGGCGGGGUGGCAGUCCCGGCCCAUAGUGUCCCCCCUUCUCGCCGAGCAGAGGUCCCCGAGCUGCAGGCGGAGAGCGAAGUGGCGGUGCUGGAGGGCGGCGAGGCACAGCUGGCGUGCCGGCGGCGUGGCAGCAGUGCCAGUCUCGGUGCCACAGUAGCUUGGUACGACCCAAAGGAGCGGGAGGUGACACCGGGGCUGGCCAAGUACCAGCUGGAGCAGGGAGAAGCGUGGGUCAACCUCACGGUCCGGGAUGCCGAGUGGCCGGGGGACAGUGGGAUCUACCGCUGCACCGCCACCAAUGCCGUGGGCACCGCCAGCCUCCCCGUCCGCCUCCGCGUGGACCGGUACCCAGCCCCGCCCAACGUCACCAUCAGUAAGCUGCGGUACACGCGGGCGCGCACCGAGGUGCGGCUGGAGUGGCGGACGCAGGGCGCCGGCAACCUCACCGGCUUCGUGGUGCAGCGGCGCCAAACCAAGAAGCCCCUCCGGGAGACCCCCAGCCCCUGGGAAACAGCCGCCGGCGACAUCGAGCCGCACUCCCGCGACCGGCGCCUGGGGGGGCUGGACCCCGCGGUGCUCUAUGCUUUCCGCGUCCUGGCCGUCAACCACCGCACGGCCGGGCACCCCUCCGAGGUGCAGACGCCAGCCGAGCCUCCCUUCGAGGCCUACCCGGCGGUGACGGGGGCGGCGGUGGCGGGGAUGCUGGUGGCCACCGCAGCAUCGCUGCUGGCCGUGAACUGCAUCGCCCGCCACCGGGAGACCCUCCCGCGGCUGCACGACCUGCUGUUCCGCACGGCCGGUCCUGGCGCCCAGGAGCCCGUGGGCACAGCGGAGGAUGCUGAGGCAGCCGCAGGGAGGGAGGAGGAAGCAGGGCCAGCCCAGGGAGACUCGUGUGCCCCCGGCACGGCAGCAGGUGCCGAAGCAGCACCAGCGCAGGGAGACCCGACUGCCCCGGGCACGGCAGCAGAGCCGCUCUCGGCAGCAGCAGGCACCAGCGAUGAGCCAGUUAAUGUCACCAUCACCGUGACAGCGACACCGUGA